CGUUUUAGUUUAGAUGUUGGAUUUGGUUUCUUGCACUACACCAUAUUUGACUAAACAAAAAUUAGUUAGGCGUUAUCUUAUACUUUUUAGAACUCUUUAUGAGAGUUGAAAAAUGUGACAUAGUUUAUAAGCUGAAGAAUUUUGUUGUUGAAUUUCAUUUCUGAACUUUUCAAGUUAAAGAUGUUCAUAGCCAAAGGUUUGGUAUCUAUUAUAGUGAUCAUAGUUUUGAUUCUGCCACAGAUUUCAGCACAAGCUUUCUCACCUACUGAUUCUGCUGAAGAUAAUGCGAAAGAACAGAUUAGGCAGAAGGAUAAUACAAUUAGAGUUGAUCCUUUAGAAAAUUUUCAAAAGUACCGAGGAGGAUUCAACAUCACCAACAAGAAUUAUUGGAGUUCUUUGAUAUUCACUGGAGUAUAUGGAUAUGCAAUUGGAAUGUUGUUCCUUCUGUGUGGAAUAUUGUAUGGAGUUUUUUUGGUAAUUGCCAAGUUUUGUUCUCGCGAAAACGAUGGAGAAGGAAAAAGAAUGAAGAAGGCGUUUCCUUGUAAUUACAAGACUUGUGAUGUUUCACUAAUUCUUUUGGCCUUGUUUCUCAUGUUAAUUGCGAUAGUUGCAACAGGGCUAGUUCUGGUUGGGAGUGCAAGAUUUCAUUCAGAAGCGAAAAUAUCGGUUGAUAUCAUAAUCAAAACUGCGAAUAAAGCAUUGGAAACAAUACAUAACACAACAGAAGCAUUAAAAGGCAUGGAAAAUAGCUUGAUGGAAGCAAAUGUUAGUAUUGAGGCUUCAUCGAAUCUUGACUCUACAGCUGAGAAACUUGAUGAUGCAUCGGGAAAUAUUGAAAUGCAAGCUAGGAAGAAUAGACGCCUUAUCAACAAAGGCUUGAAAAUAGUGUUUGUAACUACUACAGUGAUUAUGUGUUUGAACUUGCUUGCUGUAACAGUUUUGUCAGUUUGUGGAGUACUAAGGUUAAGGAGGUCAUUGUACAUGCUUGUUGCAUUUUGUUGGUUGAUGACAGUGUUAUGUUGGCUAUUCUUUGGAGUCUACUUCUUCAUAGAAAAAUUUUCUAGUGAUGCAUGCAUAGCUCUUGACAACUUUCAAGAAAAUCCUUAUAACAACAGCCUAAGCUCAAUCCUUCCAUGUCAAGAACUGCUCAAAGCAAAACCAGUUCUAUCUGAAUUUAGUUCUGGAAUCUAUCAUCUUGUCAAUGAGGUGAAUACAAACUUAUCAAUGCAGGCAACAUCAUAUCCAAAUCCUGUUCAUGUUUGCAAUCCUUUCUCAGAACCACCAAAUUAUUUUUAUCAGCCCGAGAAUUGUCCCGAAAAUACUAUACGAAUAGGAGAUAUUCCAAAGGUAUUGAAGCCUUUUACAUGUUUGGAUGCAAAUGUUGUGACAUGUGAGAAUGGAAAUUUGAUACCAAAUAGUGAAUAUGCAAGAGUUGAAACAUACACAAAUUCAAUUCAAGAUUUAUUGAAUGUGUAUCCAAGCAUGGAACAUUUGUUAGAAUGUCAAAUUGUGAAAGAUGCAUUCUCUCAAGUUCUUGUUCACCAUUGCAAGCCUAUGGAGAAAUAUGCUAAGAUGGCAUGGGUGGGAAUGGUGUUCCUUGGAGUGAUCAUGGUUUUGUUGAUUCUGCUUUGGACUAUGAAGGCUAGAUAUGAACAUUGUUACCAUGUUUCAGAUGGUUCUGUGGAGCCUCAUUUUGAAGUACCAAAUUCAUUGAAAUCAAGAGUAGAUAAAGAUAAAGAGAUUGAGAUUUGAUAGAAACUUAAUUGAUUAAGAAUUAAUCAAUUAUAUAUAGUGUUUUUUUUUUUUAUAGGAAUAAUCUCUUAGUUUAUAUGAAAUUAGAAAUUAGAUAUUGGAAGGCAAAAAUGCGCAAGCAGCUUUUCAAUAAUCAUGUAUAAGAUGUGAACAUUUUUAUAUCACAUAAAAAUUAUACAAAUACAAAUUGAAUUUAUGACAUAUACAAGUCAAAUGAUAGACCAAGCUACCAAGGGUGUAUAGAAUUUUCCUUUGGGGAUAC